AUGAGCCCUCACCACCUUCUCUCCGUCUCUGGCUCCGUGUACAUCCUUUGUCUUUGCUACUCGCUCUCCUUGUUAACCAGCAGCGCACCUCCGGCAGGUCUGGCUACCGCUCUCUCCUUCAGCUUCAACUUCUCCGAUAGCUCCGGCUCCGGCGACCUCUGCGACACGGAGGUCAGGUGCGAACGCGACACGCGCAUGGGCCCCGGUGCGAUCGAGCUAACAAAGAACGAGAUCAGAGACAACUUGUACAGCCUCGGCCGGGCAUCAUACGUGCACCCGGUGACGCUCUGGGACAACACCACGGGCGAGGUGGCCAGCUUCUCCUCCAACUUCACGUUCCAGAUUAGGUUAAAAAACGAGACGGACGGACAGCUUCGUGGUCUCUGUGGCUCGAGCAGUACGCCUAAUGAUGGUGUAGCUGAUGGUAUGGCUAUGGCUUUCUUCCUGGCGCACUACCCAUCCAGGCUCCCUCCCAAUAGCGUUGGCGGGAACCUCGCUCUCUUCAAUGACAACAACAACUUGGAUGCCACUGGUGAUGACCGCGUCGUCCCCGUGGAAUCCGACACCUUCCUCAACUCCUGGGACCAUAGCGACAACCAUCUCGGCAUAGACGUGAACUCCAUCAACUCCAAGGCCUACGCAAACAUGAGCAAGCGCCUGGUCUCCGACGAUGACGUCGUCAUGACUGCCGAGAUCAGCUACGAGAACCUCACGGGUGUUCUGGUCGCCCUUCUGCAGAUUGACGGCGACGGACCGCCAUUCAUUGUAAAUACUUCGGUGGACAUGAAGAGGGAUCUGCCCCAACAAGUUUCAGUCGGCUUCGCUGCAUCAACUGGUGCGUGCAUCGAGCGGCAUCAGGUGAUGUCUUGGUCGUUUAGAUCCACUCUAGAUGAUGCCAUGGUGGCUGCCAGUACCAUUCCACGACGUCGAGCACCGGUGCAUGUGCUAGUGCAUUCUGUAGUAGCAGCUUUUCUGGUGUUGCUCUGUGUUGCCGCUGUCCUCGGGCGAUGCAUAUGGAAGAAGCUAGAUGAUUCUAAAGACAAAGAACGUGAGCAAGCUGAGUUCGAGAGAGGGGUAGGCCCUAGACGUUACCGCUACUGUGAGCUCGCCGCCACCACCAAGAACUUCCCGGAGGAGGGGAAGCUCGGGCGAGGAGGCUUUGGCAACGUCUACCGGGGUGACAGCCUUAGCGACCAAGACCGCCCGGUGGCCAUCAAGAUGCUCUCUGCAGAAUUGUCUGCACAGGGGAGGAAGGAGUACGAGUCUGAGGUGAAGAUCAUAAGCCGGUUGAGACAUCGGAACCUUGUGCACUUGCUAGGCUGGUCCGACAGCCGCAAAGGGCUCCUACUCGUCUAUGAGCUCGUACCGGAAGGCAGCCUGUACCGACACAUAAACACUAGUUGCCUGCUUACUUGGCCUGAGAGAUACAAGAUCAUCCUUGGACUGGGAUCUGCAUUGCGCUAUCUCCACACAGAGUGGGAUCAGUGUGUGCUUCAUGGCGACAUCAAGCCCAGCAACAUACUCCUCGACUCAUCACGCAACACCAAGUUGGCGGAUUUCAGGCUGGCGAGGCUCGUCGAGCAUGGAGCCGGGCCACUGAUGACGCAGGUUGUCAUGGGCACCGUAGGGUAUAUAGACCCGGAAUUCAUCCGCACGCGCCGGCCAAGCACCGAAGCCGACGUCUACAGCUUUGGCAUCGUUGUGUUGGAGGUCGUGUCCGGCCGGCGACCGGAGAUGGGAACAGGAGAACCGGCCGACAAAGCCAUCCCGUUGCUCAGAUGGAUUUGGGACCUGUACGAGAAGGGAACCAUAGUUGAAGCGGUGGAAGAGAGGCUCAAGGGGGAAGACAUGCAGCAGCUCGAUGAUGUCGACAUCAGUAAGGGGCAAAUGCACCACGCGCUAGUCGUGGGGCUCUGGUGCACGCACCCGCACCUGGGUGUGCAGCCGUCAGUAGUACAGCUCAUGAACGUCUUGCAGUCGGAGGACGUCACGUUGCCGACCCUGUCGCCGCCAGCCCUGGCCAACAUUAACACUGGAUCACAUGCCUCAUCGGCCAUUGCUUGUAGCGACGUGUCUUGGGCCAGCAGUGGCAGAUGA